AUGCUCUUCAUUGGUGAAGAAGCAGUUGUGGAUAAGAAGGGGUCUGGAAAUAUACAUAAAUAUCACAUCGUAUUACCCUACCAUGCGAUCCACUACAAAUCCAGUUGCUUGACCAUGCUCGGACAGGACGAUCUGGAACGAGUGGCUCGCGGACUCCUCGCAGAUGCCGGCUUUGAGCUAUUACACUCUGAGCAGCUUCAAGCCCUCUGGGCAGGCUACGGGUUUAUAUACGCUGUCGAGGCAAAACGCAUAGCGUCUGAUUCCAUCCCUUCAUUGCCAGACGGGUGCUUGUUGGGGGCUGAUGGCAGAAUACAUCUUGUGCUCAAGAUAAUCUGGCCUCCAGAUACGAGUAGCGAGGAAGGGCAUCUACGAAAGCUGUUCAGCUAUGAAGUGGAACAAUAUUUCUACGAAGUAAUUGCCCCUUCAUUGCCGCCAGGGGUGGCAGUGGCCAAGUGUUUGGCCUCAACACGUACUUUCACCCCAGACUUGGCUGGCUCUAUGAAAAAUGUCACUGCAACUUUAAUGACUGAUUUGAGAGGGCAAUUUCCCAUCGCUGGUGAGAAAAGCAGCGACCUGUCUACCGCGCAGGUCUACUCCGCAAUCAAAUGGCUUGCAGACUUCCAUGGCAGCUCCUGGUCAAAGCAAGAUUACAACACAAUGGACGGGCUUCUCUUACCCCCUAUAGAAGAGAUGGCGGCUAGAAGAAGUGGUGAGAAAUUAGCACCUCGGUCCAUCUGGCUCAAUGGUGGAUAUACGUACCUGGCUACAAGGCGGACAGAAUAUGCCUCGCUGGCCAGCAGUUCUGACUCGGAAUGGCCAGAAAGAUUCUGUGAUUCUGCCGGAGGUAUGUCCUCUAUUGCUGAAAAGGUCGCGAACUUUCUCGCCCCAAAGGGCCGUCCCUUUGAAUCUUUUAUACAUGGCGAUGUCAAAUCCGAGAAUUCAUUUUCUACCGAGUCGGGAGACAGCGUUGCCUUUUUCGAUUUCCAAUAUGUCGGAUUAGGCGUUGGAGCCAGCGAUCUCGCUAAACUUUUGACUUGCUCUGUUCCUUUGCAAAUGCUGAUUAGCAUGAGUGCAUCACUUCCUGAUAACAUAGCCAUGCAGAAGGAGGAGUUGGAACUGCUGAAGCAGUACCAUCAACUGCUCACUCAACAUGAUAGAGGCGACGGUAUCAAAUACGACUUUUCGGAAUUUCGACGUCAUUGGGAAACGGCAUUGGUUGAUUGGUGUCGUUUCCAAGCUUCUUGGGGGUUCUGGGGGAAUACGCGUUGGUUGCAAGGGCGUGUUCGAUCGAUAUUGUGCGAUGAUGGGUGGAGGGGAUGGUUAGAUCUGCAGGAGUAA